AUGAUGCGUGGAAUCCAUCACUCUAACUCUUCGGAGUUACCACUGACGAGGAAUAUGCCAUUCUCAUCCAAGAGUGUCCCAACUCGUCAUCAGCCUCGUAAUAUGACUGGGAUCUACCUGGGAUUGGAGGGGAACAUCAAACCACCACAACAGAAGUUUACAGGUGGGAUCCCACCACUGGCUCGGGGGCGGGGCAUGACUAGGAUACGUACUCCUACAGAACACCGCAGAUAUAGAAAAGUUGAACAGUUGCGGAUUAAAGAGGAAAAAAGAGGAUUUGUGGGUCAACCUUUGAAGCGUAAAAAUACGGUGAUAAGUCCAGACUACCCAGAACCUUUCCACCAACAGCCUUCACAGACACAAACUUUGACCUCACCACGAGCCAAGCAAUGGGGGCCAGCCAAGCAUGCUGACCGCACAGAGUUCUUUGAUCUUAUUAGAACAAACCCCAGGAAUUACACAGUAGUGGUCAAUGAUGGUGUGACACGGUCAGAAAACUUGUCAGGUUUGAUGAGUUUUGCUGUAAAUGGAGAUGAAACCAAAGUAGCAUGGCCAGAGAUGCUGGCAGAUGAAGUACACAGAAUCUCUACAAGAGAUAGUGAAGAUGUCACUGGCCUGGAAGAAUGUUUCAAAAAAGUGUGCAAGGGAAAUGUUGAAUCGAUAAACAGUUUACUUCCUUAUCGAAAACAGAACCAGAGAGAGCAGUAUAGCACUGGUUUCCAGGUCAGAAGUUACAGAAAUCCCAACAGAGCCGAGAUCAUGGCUGAUUUCAACAACAUGUCUCGAAGACCUCGUACUGUGCCAGCUAACCGGCCAAUAGUUCCUAGUCCAUACUUUUUCAAAUAUUACAAUGGUCCCUACAACAAGAGCAAGGAGGUAGACAGAGAGAAACCGUCCACAGCCUCACAGUUUGAGAACCAAUUUUCCACGCUGAACGGAACUUCCAAGAUAAUAGCUGCCCCUGGCGCUGGUUUGCUGUCCCGUUCACUCAAGUCCAGAUCGGCUGCCUGGAGUGACAGUGAUCUUAAGCUACACACAAAACUUCAUACUCAUCCAGCGGGUACUCCGUCAGAGCACAUUGAUGACGACACAGAUAUCAGAGAUACCUAUUUAUCAGGACGUCAAGUUCCAAGGCCCAUGACUGUGAACUCUGCUGAACAACCAAGCAUACCUGAAGGUCAAAGUGUAGAGGUCAAGGAAACAAAAGGUGAAGGAACAGGUCAGCCAGAGGCUACUAAGGAGGCAGUUUCUUCUCAUUUACCUGAAGAGAGUGAAGAGAUUAAACGCCAAGAAAUAAUUUCUGCUUCUAUACGGACAACAGAAAGGGACUCAACAGAGCCCUCUAGUGGUGCUGACAGCACACAGCCAGGGGAGAUUAAUACUACCUCAGCAAACGUAGCAAAUAUGGACACAAUUGACAACUCAAGUUUGUCUGCAGAGCAGAAGGCUGCCAACCGAAAGGGAGACGAGUUCGUGUUUGGUGUAGCAGAUGAGCAUGGUAAACAGGGAGAAGUUGAAAUAGACACAGCAGACCAAGAGGAUGCAGAGCAAGCUGCUCUAAAAGGAAAUGUUCGUAAAGCUUCCAUUAGUGAAAAGGUAGAGAAGUCCCGAGUAUCUCAGGCCUACAUAGAGAGUAUAAAGGAGAACGCAGAGCAGCGUAAAAAGGAUUUGGAGAAGAUGCUUGAUGAACACGCUGAGUUGGUACAGGAGAUAAGCCGUGUGGCCAGCUCAGAUAACAUAAGUGCAGAAGACCGAGACCAGUGACCAUUAUGACCAGUGUCCACAAUAUAGUGGACUCUUGCCUGGCUGCAACCCCUCAUUGAUUGAUCUUCACAGCUGUAGACAGUAGUCAGUGUAGGAACUCUUCCUGUUCCUAGCUGUAACAGUGGCUGACCACAACUGGUCCUCAUUAGGGCUGGUAAUAGAUAGCCAGUGGUCACUUCCUUCGGCCUGUGACCACCUUCUGGUGAGCUAAUGACAUGCUAGAUGGUGCUACCAGUCUGGAUUCCUGGCACUUAGCACCGCCAACAAUUUAAUCACUCAUUUACAACUGACAGAUCUGUCCUUGUGGGAGGGCUCUCAUUCUUACUGUGUGGGCAGAUCUGUAAUACAGCAAAUUAUCACCAUGUCAUACUUAAUUUCAUCGUAAUAUGCUUUUAUGUUUCACAACAAGUAUAUUUUGCUCUUUUUAUUUCCAUGACGACAUGUUACAAUUGUGAGUGUAAGGCGUGGUGUUAGUUGUUACCACCAUAGUUAACCAUACAUUAGAGGGUGUGAUCAUCUCCUCAUCAGCUACAGUGAUCAAACUGGAUGUGGCAGUAGCUCUAGUAUUGAUCUGUGAUUUAUGAUGUACAUUUUGGAAGACAGAGUUAUCCACCCUUGUAACAUUUUUGUUUUACACAAUGCUACAAACUUUUUAUUACAAUAUGUGUAUACAGUUUGUCUGUUUAUAGCUUAGAUUUAAACUAUGCUAAAGAAUGGUUGCAUACCUUGAAAUUGAAAUCAUUCUGUAAAUAAAAUAUGUGUAAUGUUUCAGCCAUCAUGUGACUGCAUGUGGACGGCAUGCAGUUCCUAUUUCCUGUACUAAUAAGUGUUUGAUGCACAAAAAGAUUGAAGCUAACUUUACAUCUAUAAGACUCUGAAGUAGACUUAGUGUUAGGUGAAGUUACAAGUAGUCAAUCAGUUCAAUAUUGUUUUACUUGUAAACAUUUCCAUGUACCAAGCUAAUGUUUCUGAUCACACCUGGACAUCAGUGUAGUACCAUUGUACAAUCAAAUGUUUCUAGUGGACGUCAAGGUUCACUGGUUAUGUCUAUAGAAUGCUGGUCUGUAUUUAUUUUAUGGCCUGUUUAUAACAUUCUAUGUACAAGUACUGAAACAUAUUAAAACAACGUAUUAUAUAACCUAUAUCAGUUUGUGAUACCAGUGAUCAAUUGAUAUUAUAGUUAUAUGGUUAAUACAUCAGAACUAGGAAAGUUUAGGUCCAUAUACUACACACAGUAGUACAGAAUGAGGUAGGGGAUGAGUAUAACAGGAAUUUUAUAACCAGUGUUUGGGUUUUGUUAGUCCAUUACAAUUGUUUUAUGUACACCAGGAUGGUGGGUAUGUCAGUUAUGUAAUACUAAGGACAUUCCCAUGCACAACUUUAUUCAACUGUUCAGUUUUCAUCAUUUUUGUAUCACCAGAGUUUGUUUUAGCUUUAUUACAAUUUGAAAAACAUGUCCUGAUUUGUAUGAUCUGUGUUUAAAAACGUUUCAUAUUCAUCCAAUAUAUAAGUCAUGCUAAUAUAAUUCCUGUAUGUAUACAGCCCUAUAGGAUCCAGACCUAACAUACCCCUUUAACCUAAUAUUUCAAUAAGAAACUACAAACACUUACACAUACAACUUGUGUUGUAAUUUGCCUCAUACAGACCUCUACAUCUAGGUCCAGAUCUAAGUUACACUGUCCUAUUAUCUUUUUAUGUGUAAUUUUUUUUUUCAUUGAAAAUCUAUUCUGUUGAGUCAGCAUAGUGUAAUCACAUUUUAAAACUAGAUUUGAAGACAUUUCAUACAUACUUCUUGUUAUAUUGAACCUCAAACUUAUGACACUUGCUAUGUACUGUUUAUUAAGCAGGUCUAGAUUCCUUGUGUGAGAUGUCAUCAUGUUUCCCUGUAUGUAGGUCAAGGACAUAUCUCUCUGGAAUUGGUAAUAUUCUUCUUUAUGUAUAACAAGGAGACCUUUUGUCAUAUUUCUCCAUAUGUAGGUCAGGGAGGCAUUUUGUCAUGUUUCUCUGUAUGUAGGUAAGGGAUUUGGGUGUCUGAUGUAAGACAGAAAGACUGUGAUAAUUUUUUUCUGUUUGUAGGUCAGGAAGGCAUUUUGUCACAUUUCACUGUAUGAAGAUUAGGGUGACCUUUAAGGUUGAGUUUGGUAUGUAAAACAAAAGACUGUGCAACCUGGGUCAGGCUUCCUUGUAGGUUUAAUGCAAAGGUAGCAAAUCAUUAAAUAUAUCUAGGAUAGAGAUAGAGUCAGUAUCCCCUAUGUCUACUGAAAAGUGUUGGGACACUCAAGAUUGCAAGGCAAAAUAAAAGGCUGAGAUUCCAUUUAAUUUUUAAAAUUCUCUCUUUCUAAUACAUUUCAAUAUUUCAAUUCAAUUUCUUUGUAAUUAUUAGGUUGAAAACUCUUCAGUUUGAAUAUGCUGGUAUAUGUUCAAAGGUAAGGAGACAAUUUAGAUGGAUGUUCUGUCUUAUAGAAGCAGGAUAGAUUAAAUGACUGGUAUUAUCAAGAGAAAUGAGACAGGUUUUUCUCUGUGGAGGACAAAAAGUCACAUGGCAUAGAUUACCUACAUAUAGGAGAGGAUUUGAGUUAUAGUUGUUGUAACAAAAGGAUUGUUGGUCUCCAGGACCACAAAGGAUGAUGUAGCAUGAAAUACCCUUGUAGCAUUAAUCUGGAGCAUUAGUCAUUACUUCAUUGUACAAAUCAACAUAUCCAUUACAAUAUUGGAUAGACUGUUGGUGCUUUACUGCAUUCAGCAUCAUUACUACUGAUAGAAGAUUUCUAGGUAUGUAUUCAUCUCAUUACAUCAAAUUGGGCGUUGGGCGACAGCUUCCAAAUCAUGCAGUACACCUUAUAAUGAUUUCCUACAGAUUUGCCGUUGAUUCUUCAAAAUGUUUUAACUGUCAAUUGAUACUGAUUUAUCACAGGACUACUCCUUUUCUAAAAUAAAAUAAAAUUGUUAAACUAUGCGUGUAUCUAUUAAAACAAGAUAUGGUUAUCUCUUUCGAGAGAGUGAUACUUAUGAAACCUAGACAUUGUGUACCUAAAACUUAUGUGUGCUUAAUGUCAGGUCAUUAACGUGGUAAUUUUGGCGUGACCUUGACCUCUGACCCCACUUUCAGUUUCUCAUCCAUGACCAAGACCACAUCCCAGGUCUAGCAUUGCAUGUUAACCUUUAACUUGUCAUACUCAUCAGCAGAUCUGAACUGACAGCAAAUUGAAUACUUUUUCAGUCAGUCAGUGUGUAUAGUGGUUCAUUUCUAGUUCAUCAUUCUAUUCUGUCAGUAUUUCUGAUGUGAAAGCUACAAGUAUACCCAUAGUGCUAGUUGUGACAUCCUAGAGGACAGGUCAUUUCACUGUUAAUGUACAUUCUGCAAACAUUUUAAAAGAAAACAGAUAUUUGUGCCAUGCAGAAUUUGUUUGAAUUUCAUUUUUGUACAUCAUUAAUAUUAUCAGACCUGUUGCAUAUAUAGGUUUAUAUAUAUCAACGUUCUGUUCUUUUGUAAACAACUAAAAUUCAUAGUGUAUUCUCCUACAUAUCUAAGUUGCAAAUCAACUGUGAAAUGGUGCUGCUUUUAAAGAAGGCUUACAUUUUUGCAUUUAUAUUUCCAACCAAAUAUCACUUUUUAGAUGUGAACUUGAAAAUUAAAGCAAUAUCAAUACCAUUUGUAAUCUACAGAGUCCAAAGGUUCAAACUAAGUCAGCUUUACAGUACACACUUAUUUCAUGAAGGACGUUUAAAACAAACUCUCAAAAAAUAUAAUAAUUUGCUACAUCAGAUUAUUGUUCAGAAAUUAAAUAUACAUGUUGUAUAUUCAUUUUGGUAAGAAAUUUUAUAAACUGCAUUUUGUGAAAAAAAUUCUAUACUUGAAAUAUUAGUGUAUCUUGAAAAGCUUACAAUGUAUUGAACAAUUUGGCCCAAUUGUCCAGAUUUUCUAUUUUUGAUUCAUCAGAUUGAUAUUAUGGCAAAGGGUAUUUCCAAUCCAGAUUUUGAUUUUUAAUUUUAUAAUUAAGAGAAUUAGAAUAUUUAUUGAUAAAACAAUUGCAGGUAAGUAAGUGUACCAUGUUUUGUAUAUGAGGUAUAUGUUAUGCUGUUUGAAACAGUUUGGAGGCAUUUUUCAUGUUUCAUUGUUGUAUAUAAUAUUUAUGAAUAGUCUGCAUAUAAAAAAGUAUCAUUUAAAAUAA